CUUCUUUUCUGUUGAAUCAUUGAUUGUAGAAAAAUGUUUGUUAAUUGUUAAGAAUUAAAAGGAAGAUGAUUUAUAAAUUAUGAUUAGUGUGAUGUUGAUUAUGAUAAUUAUGAGAAUAGGAAGGAAUGAAAAUUAAUGAUUAAGCGGAAGUUAAUUAGGUUUCCAAUGAAUUGACAGAAACACGUUACACCAAUUUACGUUUCCGUUUUCGCUUCAAUUGAUCAUAGUAUUGAUUGUUUGACUGAUUAACCAUUGACCAUUUAAUUGACUCGCCUCUGAGUAAAUCACUUAAAUUGUAAUCACAAUCAAAUGUAAUUUAAUCAAAUUGAAUCAGGUCAAAAGGAGUUAAAGAGUUGAUUAAAACAACAGCGACUCUCAAACUUUUUUUGAUCUCAUCUUCAACUCGAUGAGAUAAAAUCAAUUGUAAUUGUGAUACAAUCAAAGUUAAUUCAUCUUAAUUGUUUUCCUAAUCAUCACUCAGACAAUAAUUCAUCAAUCAUCAUCAUAUUUUUAGACUAAAUCAACAAAAUCAACAACAACAACAAUAUGAAACAAUUAACUUUAUUAAUCUCAGUUAUCAUUUUUUUAUUAACUUUAAUUUCAUCAACUUAUGGUAAGUUUAAAAAUCUUAAUCAAUUAUUUACAUGUAAUUAUCUUUGAUGAUUUCUUUCAUUUAAUUAAUUCAACUUCAACUUUAGCUGUAGGUAAAUGUAUCAAUGGGAAAGAUCAAACUGAAUGGGCUAAACAAAUGGUCGGUAAAAUGGGCUUUGAUGACACUAAGCCCGUUCGUUUACCUCGAAGACUUCUAGGUGAUGUUUAUCUGAAACGGGGAUUUAUUAACGGCAUGGACUCGGUCAGUUUGUCCCAAGAACCCGUUCUGUUGAUCUGCCAUAAUGAUACAAUAGGAGCGAUACAAUUGAAAUUGGUUGUUGAAAAUGUGACCUUCCAUUACGAUUGGGUUUACGGCGACGAUGAAAGUUGGGGAAUAGCUAAGACUCCCGCUCAGCGGUUGUACAUUGAUAUUGAUAUCGAACAGUCCGAAGAAUCAAAGAAACCCGUGAUGCUUGGUAUGUACAUUACGAAAAUCACAAAUACCAAAUUCGCGGUUGAAGUUAAUGGUUCAAAAGAUCGUAUGUCCGAUGCUUUCGAUCAUCGAUAUCAAGUGGCCUUAGUUACUCGAACCUUUAUCGCUCGCGAUGCUGGUCUAGCAAUUACCAUGGAAAUCUCACCGAAAGUGACCGAUUAUCUUUUUUAUAAUAAGUUAGAAGUUGAAUGAACAAUUAAUCAACUGUUUGUAUUACCAAAAAUUGCAACUAAUGUCACAAGAAUAACAAUUAAAGAGAUUUAAUUGCUUA